AUGGCUGACACUGAACUUGCUCAAGCCCAAGAAGCCAUUUCACCGGUGGGAGUUCAUAGUCCUACAAGUAUUAAGCCUCACCGUCUCAACAACCAUGCUCUUGCUUGUGCUCUUCUGGCCUCUACAAACUCCAUCUUAUUAGGCUAUGGUAAGCCCAAUUUCACCUUUCUGUCAUUUCUUGUUGGGAACGAUAUCGGUGUGAUGAGUGGUGCAGUGCUCUUUAUCAAAGAAAACCUAGAAAUCUCAUCUACUCAGGUAGAGAUAUUGGUUGGUGUUCUAAAUGUUUCUUCAUUAAUAGGCUCACUGGCUUCAGGAAAAACCUCAGAUUAUAUAGGCAGGCGUUAUACCAUAGUCUUAGCAGCCACAACAUUUUUAAUCGGUGCACUUCUAAUGGGCUUGGCACCAUCCUUCCCAUUCCUCAUGGCCGGCCGUGUCAUUGCCGGUGUCAGGGUUGGAUAUUCCCUCAUGAUUGCUCCGGUCUACUCCGCUGAGAUCUCCCCGGCAAUGGCACGCGGCUUUCUUACCUCCCUUCCUGAGGUUUUCAUUGUUUUUGGCAUUCUCCUUGGUUACAAUGUUAACUAUGCGUUAUCAGGUCUCCCACAGCAUAUUAACUGGAGGCUAAUGUUGGGUCUUGCUGCUAUACCUUCGUUGUUAAUUGGCUGUGGUGUUAUAGCAAUGCCUGAAUCCCCUCGUUGGCUUGUAAUGCAAGGUAGGUUGGACGAUGCAAAGCAGGUCUUGAUUAAAAUAUCUGAUACAAUACAAGAAGCUGAUUUCAGACUCAGUGAAAUAACAAAAGCAGCUUCAUCAGAUCAUUUAGAUUCUUCAAGUGCUAAAUGGCAUGGGCAUGGGGUUUAUAAGGAACUACUGUUGAGACCAUCUCGGCCUGUUCGCCGAAUGCUUAUUGCUGCUCUAGGGAUUAAUUUCUUCAUGCAAGCUUCAGGCAAUGACGCUGUUAUAUAUUACUGCCCAGAAGUGUUCAAGGAUGCAGGAAUUCACAGCAAGAAAAUGCUCUUUGGUGUUAAUGUCAUCAUGGGAUCUGCCAAAACUUCUUUCGUUUUGUUCUCAGCUCUUUUUCUGGACCGGUUUGGUAGGCGGCCUCUUUUGUUGUUGGGCUCAGCUGGAAUGGCGUUGUCGUUGGCUGUUUUGGGAAUGGGCUCUAAGUUUCUCGAGCAUUCCAACAGCAAGCCUAUGUGGGCUAUCGUGUUAUGCGUCGUGGCUGUGUGUGGGGUUGUUUCUUUCUUUUCUAUAGGGCUUGGGCCAAUCACAUGGGUCUACUCGUCGGAGAUAUUUCCACUGAGAUUACGGGCUCAAGGUUCGGGCCUGGCCAUAUCUGUUAACCGGCUGGUCAGCGGAGUUAUGUCUAUGACAUUUUUAACCAUUUCAAAGAAGAUAACAUUCGGAGGAAUGUUUUUUGUGCUUUCUGGAAUAAUGGUAGUGGCCACGGUGUUCUUUUAUGUCUUCAUGCUGGAGACAAAAGGGAAGACCUUAGAAGAGAUUGGGGCUCUCUUCGAGGAUAAGAAUGCGGAAGCAAGCAUUGACGAUGGAAGAGAAAUGGGAUAAAUAUA